AUGUCGUCGAGCCGGCUCUCCAGGCGAGCAUCCUUGAGGAACGCGACCGCCGCAUUCGACGCUGCCGACGCGCUCAAUAGCAUCAAGAAGACAGCUAAGCGCAGGGGCCGCCCGCCCAAGGCCAAGGCAGAUCCCGCUCCCCGCGCCAACAAGAAGGUCGUCACCGCGGAAGCCAAGGCUGUCGUCGUCGCACAUAUCAAGGCCAAUGAGUCGCUCGAUACCCCACGCGGCGCAGCAGACGUUGCGGACGGCGACCCUCAGGCUCAAUACGGCGAGAUCGGCUAUCAAUGGUGGCUGGAGCCCGGAUCGACGACUGAGGAAGAGGACGAGGAAGAGGAGGAGCGGCCUAGGGCCCCCGACCUCGAAGAGUGUCUACAGGACCCAAUGUGGUGUACCGAGCCGUGCCAUAAUGGGUGUACCAAUGGCGAGAUAUUCCGGGCGUUCAAGCGGGCGUACAUCAAAUACGGUGCAACGUGGCCGCCCGACUUUGAGCGCAAGCGCACGAGGGUGCGUAGCCGGAAGGCAAUCGCGGGACUGGAGGCGGAGUGGCGCGAGAGGGAGAAGACCGAGCAGGCGAAACGGCCUCGUAAGGCUAAGAACGUCACCGCCCAGGACAGCGUGGCGUCCUUCGUCAGCUACGACUCCUACAUGUCGCCUUCGGUCCCGGGGUCUACGUGCUCAGACCAAGAACCCUCGAGCGACGCGGAGGAGUUCCUCAAGGAGCAUCUCGAUGCGGCGGGGAGGCGCCCAGCGAGGUUCGACUUCGAGGAAGACGACGCGUGGGACGCCGAGGAAGAGGCGCCGCAAGCAGGGCCGUCGCGUCCGCGCUGGCAGCGGAUGCAGGAAGACGAGGACGAAGGCGACAUGUCGGGGACCCUGUGCGAUGAGGACGUGAUAAUGGGCGAGGCAGAGGACGAGGACGAGACGAUGGGCGAUGACGAGAGCGAGUCCGACACUUACGAUUCCGACUACGAGGACACGGACUACAAGGGCAAAGGGAAGCAGAGGGCGGAACCUGUGCAUCACCUGCGGAAUCACAAGGGUAAGGGCAAGGCGCGUCUUUAG